CCAGCGGCGGCACUUCCGGGCGGGCAGCCAAACAUCUCCACCUUCCAGAAGCAUCCCCCUCGUGUGGCCGUUUCCCCUGGGAGCGGUGGGGUGACCCCCCGGUUCCCGUGUCCCCAGGGCUGGUGGCCCGAGCCGGGAGCAUGAGCGAGUUCCGCAUCCACCACGACGUGAACGAGCUGCUGAGCCUGCUGCGGGUGCACGGCGGCGAGGGCGCCGAGGUCUACAUCGAGCUGCUGCAGAAGAACCGCACGCCCUACGUCACCACCAACGUCUCUGCCCACAGCGCCAAGGUGAAAAUAGCCGAGUUUUCUCGAACUCCUGAAGAUUUUUUAAAGAAGUACGAUGAGCUGAAGUCUAAAAACACGAGACAUCUGGAUUCUUUAGUUUAUCUGCUGUCCAAACUCACCGAGGACAAAGAGACACUCCACUACCUGCAACAAAAUGCUAAAGAAAGGGCAGAGCUUGCAGCAAACGCAGCCACCACCAGCAGCACGAAUUUUUCCAUCCCCUCAUCCACUUCCAAGAUGUCUCUGCAGGAGCUGGAGGAGCUGCGCAAGCAGCUGGGCAGUGUCACAGCCAACUCCAGUGCACAGCAGCCUCUUGAGCUUACACGAAAAAUCCUCCGGGAUAAGCAGAACAAGAAGAAUUCUGGUCAGCCCAUUCCAGUAUUUCCAUCUUGGGUGUAUGAGAGACCUGCACUUAUUGGGGAUUUCUUAAUUGGCACGAGUCUAAGCACUGACACAACAGUACCAAUAGGCACUUUGCCAUUAGCCUCCCAGGAAUCCAUGAUUGUGGAGGACUUGCUGUAUGUUCUGAUUGGUGUGGAUGGCAGGUACAUCACAGCACAAGCCCUGGUGGGCAGGCAGAACCGAGCCUUUUCCCUCGAUCCAAACCUGGACCUGUCCAUCAAGGAGUUGGUGACCAGGAUUCUUCCUGUGGCUGCAAGUUACUCUGCUGUCACCAGGUUUAUAGAGGAGAAAUCUUCCUUUGAGUAUGGACAGGUAAAUCAUGCUCUGGCAGCAGCCAUGCGGACUCUAAUCAAGGAAUACAUGAUAUUAAUUACCCAGCUGGAGCAUCUUCAGAGACAGGGCCUUCUGUCACUGCAGAAACUGUGGUUUUACAUCCAGCCCACAAUGAGGACCCUGGAGAUUCUGGCUUCACUGGCUACUUCUGUGGAUAAGGGUGAGUGUAUGGGAGGAUCAACCCUGAGCUUGCUCCAUGACAAGACUUUCAAUUACACAGGGGACAGCCAGGCCCAGGAGCUGUGCCUGUAUUUAACCAAGGCCGCCAGCGUGCCUUACUUUGAAAUCCUGGAAAAGUGGAUAUAUAGAGGCAUCAUUAAUGAUCCAUACAGUGAGUUCAUGGUGGAAGAGCAUGAGCUGCAGAAGGAGAAGAUUCAGGAGGACUAUAAUGACAAGUACUGGGAUCAGAGAUAUACUGUUGUUCAGCAACAGAUUCCCUCCUUCUUGCAGAAAAUGGCUGACAAGAUCCUAAGCACAGGGAAAUAUUUAAAUGUUGUGCGGGAAUGUGGGCGAGAUGUCACCUGCCCUGUGGCCAAAGAGGUCAUCUACACUUUAAAAGAGAGAGCCUAUGUGGAACAAAUAGAAAAAGCUUAUAACUAUGCCAGCAAAGUUCUUCUGGACUUCCUGAUGGAGGAGAAAGAGCUGGUGGCUCACCUAAGAUCUAUAAAACACUAUUUCCUGAUGGAUCAAGGGGACUUUUUUGUUCACUUCAUGGAUCUGACAGAGGAGGAACUUAAGAAGCCUGUAGAUGAUAUCAUAACAACAAGGCUAGAGGCUCUGCUGGAAUUAGCCCUGAGAAUGAGCACAGCCAACACUGAUCCUUUCAAGGAUGAUUUAAAGAUUGACUUGAUGCCCCACGACCUGAUCACACAGCUCCUGAGGGUGUUGGCCAUAGAAACAAAGCAGGAGAAGGCCAUCAUCAGUGCAGAGCCCACAGAGCUCACCCUCAGUGGCCUGGAGGCUUUUUCCUUUGACUACAUCGUGAAGUGGCCUCUGUCCCUCAUCAUAAACAGGAAAGCACUGACAAGGUACCAGAUGCUUUUCAGACACAUGUUCUACUGCAAGCACGUGGAAAGGCAGCUGUGCAACGUUUGGAUCAGCAAUAAGACAGCCAAGCAGUUCUCCCUGCAUUCAGCUAAGUGGUUUGCUGGUGCUUUCACACUGCGGCAGCGGAUGCUGAAUUUCGUGCAGAAUAUCCAGUAUUACAUGAUGUUUGAAGUGAUGGAGCCAACAUGGCACAUUCUGGAGAAGAACCUGAAGUUGGGUGGAAAAGGAUGAUCCUUACUGGUUGCAUGUAGUGCCUUAUGGUUCAUUUUAUUUGUCACACUUCUCUCUUGUGCAUUUUCACUUGAAGAUCAGGUGCUCUCUUCCUAAAACCGUAGCUGGAUCUUCAUCCUCACAACAUCAUUGUCAUCAUCAACACAACUUCAUCAUCAUCCUCAUUGCAUUGGAAAGCUGCAUUUUUCCCUGUUCUGCAGUAUCUUAUAAGGAUGUGGGAGGGGUUUCCUGCAUUGGUCCUGCUGGAGCAGUGUGGAUGCCAUGGUAGUUUUAGUCGUGUGGUUCUCUCCUAAGUUUGACCUGUGUUCUGAGCUUCAGCACACUGUGCAGAGUGAGAGGAAGUUUAAUCUAUCAUUUAAAAGUCAAGACCACAACAGCCUGUUGUAGUGGCAGAGAUGAACAAAAAUCUAACAGAAUCCUCUCAACACUGCAUGUCCCAGUUCCUUGAAGCAUAUUUCCCAGGCUCCUAAAGCAUAUUUCUGAAUAGCCUGUAUGUUUUAAUAAUAAGUUUAUUGACAUUUAAGAUUCUUCAAUCUGUUUUUCUCUUUUCCUCUUGUUUUCACUGACUUUACUGAGGUUGUGAAGGUGGGAGUGGCCAUGACAAGCAGAUUUUAAAACAAAGGAAAUGCAAGCUCAUAAAGCAGAUAACUCCAUCCUUUCCAGGGGAAGGCUUGGAUGAUGAAAGCAAGCAUGAUCUGUGGGGAGGUGGUGUGGCAAAUCAAAGGUUUAACACAUGUGAGGGGCUGCUGAGGGAGUAAUGCAGAUGCAGUCUCCAUCUGGGGAUGUUUCUGGGAGGUGCACGAGGAGUUUCUCACUCUAAGAGGUCCCUGGCAGAGGCAGGGUGCUGGGAUGGAGCUCUGGGGCUGGGAUGGAGCUUUGGGGCAGAGCAGCACAGCAGCCCAGGUUUGGUUUGUCAUCGUUGGGCUGUCCUGUCACAGGCAUCCAACAUUGAUGAUGUCCUGAGCCACCACACGAGCUUCCUGGACAACUGCCUGAAGGACUGCAUGCUCACCA